AGUGACGAUAUCUGUGUUGUGAUGAUGGUGGGUUGAGGGUGUAGCCGUACCAUAAAAGGGCGAGGCGCAAUUGGUUGUUGGAAAGGUUGACGUUGUCACUCUGCUCUCUGAGGAAGGAGGAGAAGCUGGACAUGACGGCCUCUUCAGAUUCUUUUUUGGUCAUCGAGCCUGCGCAAUUGCGGUUUAAAGGACCCUUCAAAGAUGAAGUAUCAAGCAGCAGUCUGAAAAUUACAAACCACUCUGACAAAGCGAUAACAUUCAAGAUAAAGACCACGGCACCGAAGCGAUACUGCGUGAGGCCCAACCAAGGGAUUCUGAACCCAGGAGCCUCCACCAAUAUUGCAGUGAUGCUGCAGCCGUUCACCUACGACCCAGCCGAGAAGAACAAGCACAAGUUCAUGGUGCAGACCAUGUUCCUGCCCGAGGGGGAGCACUCCGACCUGGAGACGCUGUGGAAGAAUGCCAGUCCCGAACAAGUGAUGACGUCCAACAAGAUGCGCUGUGUUUUUGAGCAGCCGGCGGAUGUUCCCGAGGAGUCCCCUCUCAGGCCUCCUGAACCAGGCGACAUCAAGAAGGUGACCGAGGAGGUCAAACACCUGCGUGAAGAGAUCAGCAGCGUGAUGUCGGAGAAUCAGCAGCUCAUGGAGGAGGCCACGCGGUUGCGGCGCCAGCUGGCGAGCGGGGACGUGGCGAGCGUGGCGCCGCUGCCGCCGACCACCGCGCCGGCCGACCCCAUGAUGUACUACGUGCUGGCGCUGGUGCUGCUCUGCUGCGGUGUGCUGAUCGGCCGCGUGGUCAUGUAGCCGCCGGCCGAGGCGGUCCGGUCCCAGCACCGGCCCCAGCAGCGGCCGAGGUCGGACGCCCGCCGUGAAAGGCGCGCGCUCCGGC